AUGACAAACAGAAUGCCUCUCCUGCUUGGUUUCUUGUCCCAGAAACGAAACAGCCUGUCAAGUGUUCCCGUGGCCACUUCAAUCCAAGGGUCUCCCUGUUCCUGUCGACACAUCAUGUGUGGGGAGGUGAGCGCCACAGCGCCGCCAGGCCCGCUGUACCAGACUUCGAUCCCUGCAACAGGCCAUUACGGUGCGGCCGACACCAUCGUCGACCGCCAUGUCCGCUUACAUCGCCGGGCGUGCCACGGCUGUCAUCGAGGAUCUUCAGUCGGGUCGGCCUGUGCGGAGUUCCGGAUCCAGGGACGACAUCUCGGUUCGUGCGGACGCGCAGGCGAUCAUCGGCCUUGGCAUAAGACCAUGGAUGCCAAUACCAUAGCCCGUCCACCGGAGCCGAGGUAA